AUAAAAUAUUAAAUUUUGAUUAAAUCUAAUUUAACUUAUUGGGGGUAAAAUGAUUCAUGUUUUUAUCAUCGUUUCAUUUGGUAGAGAACAACGAGUAGUAUUGUAUAACCGUAUCCUAACAACCCUCAAACCGCUUUGUUAUUUGUUAAAACAUUAAGAAAGACUUUUUGUGAAAAUAUUGGUACAGUAUUAAAACUAAAAAAACAUGGUUAAUAAAUGUCUUCUAAUAUCUGGAAUUCUUCUUUGGUGUGUUGCUGGUGGUGCUUACCUCGCAUCUAUGCUCACAAAGUACUGGACGCACACCAUUGGAACACACUCGAAUCUCUUUGAAAUAUGUGUGAUUUCGUUAUGUAAUACACAAGGUUGGAAAGGAGUUGGAAUUCAGUUGCUUGUUCCACGAAUUCUGAUGUUGGUCGGUGCCUUCUUUGUUGUACUCGGGGCAUUUGUUGGUUUGUUUGAAAUCUGUUGCGAUAAGAGACGACGUUGCCUUUUAUCUGACGGAGUGCUUACAAUGUUCGGAGGAUUGGUGAUACUUGCAGCAUGUGCUGUAUACACGGCACUAAAUUUCGCGGAUUAUGUGAUCUUCGGCUAUUCUUUUUAUCUUGGCUGGGUGUCAGGGGCUGUCUAUAUUCUUACCGGCGCAUUACUAGGAUGUGCGGGAAAGUGAAACAAAUUGAUCAUUGAAUAAAUAAAACGCACAAACUAAAAUAUUCAAGUAUUAUGGGUGAGAUAAAUACUGUUAGAACAUAACAUCCCAUGUUUACAAUGAAAAAUAAAAAGACGGCCCAUCUUACCCCAACCUACCGUGUGCAUUUUAAACUGAACUAUGUUUGUUCUAUUGUUCUUAAUAUUUUAACUUGGAGUUUUAUGAGAUUUCCAUGAACUUUUAUAUUGGUAAAGUGAGGACUCGUAUACAAAAGUUAAAUACUAUCGAUGAAAAUAUGCUUUGUUAUAAAGCAGGUGUUUUUGUUUGUGUUGUGAAUAUUUGAAGCGCUUUAAAAAUAAAAGCUGUAAAAGGAAGUAA